UUGCAACUUUUGCACUUAAAAUUAGUUUUCAAAAACAAAUUUUAAUUUAUAGUGUAAAAUGUGUAUGAACUUAUAGAGAAGAAGACAAAAAAAUAUUUCAAAAAGAAAAUAAAAAAAAGGUGAAGAAAAACAAAAAGUUAAACCGAAGCCCCGUGGGAAGAAGAGUGUUUUUGUUUUAAGUGAAUUUAGAAAAUUCCUGAGAAAAAUAAAAGUUUAUAUUGUGUAUUCAACCGUUAAACGUCAAGACCAAUAAGAAUCGUUAAAUUAAAAAUAAAUUUAAAUCGCAUCAAGGACGACAUCUGAAAAGUAAAAACCGAAUUAAUUCGAACAAAAAACUAACAUUAUCAAAACAAAGAGAUAGAAAAUUUAAAAAUAAAAAUCUUCUCUCGUAGAAGUUUGAAAAAGUAAAACAAACACACCCACACAUCUUGUGUUUCAAAAAGAAAAUCAAACACACCCUCUUUGCAUCAUCAUCUCCAACGCACCUCAAUUGCAUUUAGUUUUACAGCGCUCAACUCUUGCAUCUCUUAUGUUGCAAGAUUAUGCGUAGAUUUUCAAAUAUUUUGAGAUACUAAUUUUUAACAAUAUAGCUGUGUAGUUCAUUGAAUUUUCAAAAAUAAGUAAAUAUUGAAAAAAGCUUGAUUUAAAAAAAAAUUCAAAUUAAAAUAAAAGAGCACCAUCGUAUCCACCGCUGUUUGAAUAAAAAAAGAGAAAUUUAUAGAGAACAAGUGAGCAGAGCACUGUGCCAAAGCUUAUUUGUUUUCUAAAUAGAAUAAUUUAUGAGAAAGAAAGCUUAACAAACAACAACAACAACUAUCAACAUAAUAUCUAGAACUCAUCUUGUUGUAAACAGCAUAGAACAAUCUCGUGCGCCGGCACCACCAUCCACCAUAGCAUAAAUAUAUCUAGCAUAGUGAGUGCAAAAGAGUUCUAUAUACCGUAAAAUCAUUAAAUCGAAUUAAUUCAACUUUUCCUCUCGUUUGAAUUCAUUUUCUUUCGAUUUUCUUUUUCAGAAUGAAAAUGUGUCUCUAGUGUGAUUCUUGAUUAUUGUGUGAAGAGCAAGUGAAUCGAAGAAAAGAAUUAAAUCAAAACAAUUCAACCUUGUAAAACCGACCGACGCAAGUCGUACAGUGUUUCAUAUGAAAACCUACGUCUAAGGCUUUAAAUUUUGAUCAAGAUCGAAAACCAAAACUAAAAAAAAACACCCCAACCAAAAAGACACAUUCAUAUGCUUAAUUAUCGGCUGGUGUCAACGCAUUUCCUAAAGCAGCCGUAAAUCAGUUAAUUGCCCUAAAAUAGUGUUAAAUGUGUGUUGUUACUAUCGUAUUUGGUGUUUUUUGAAAAAUAAGAAAAAUAAAAUAAUAAUUGUUAUAAAUUAUCGAAAAAAUAAAAUAUCGAAUAAUUUUUGAUCUACGUAUAAGAACCCCCACAAUAGUCUUCUUUCUCCAUGCAUAAGCAUAAUCAAAAGCUAUAAGCAAGCCAUAAGCAACAGCAACAACAAAAUAAUACUAAUAAUAAUCACAACCAUAGUCAUUUAAUUUUCUACACCGUUAAAUCCACCAUCAAUUGAAGAACACCUUUACCGCCACCGACCGGCCGGGCUCCAACCAUCACAUCACAUUUAUCUAUAAGGAGAAACCACCCCCAAAACAACAAAAACAAGAAAAAUAAAUAAACAGUCCAACUGGAGGGUUGCAACCGAAAUAACAGCCAAAGAGAAAGCUCCUCAGCGCUCUUUGCUGCCUCAAUUCAAUAGCAACACUGCCGGGAGUGUGAAUUGAAUUCCCAUUUGGAUUUCAGAAAUUCUGUCACAACGUAUUCGUUAAGAGUUUUUCGAUUGUUCGGCGUCGAUUAUCAAAAUUUAAGCAGCGAAAAUGUGCAGAGAUCGCGAUAUGAAUUUGCCAUAGAUCAACGCAAUCGUCAGUACAAAGUUAAGAAAAAAAUCAAACUUAAAUAAGGAAAUAAAAACAAAAAGGAUACGAAUCAACAAACAACAAGGAUAAGUGAAGAUUUAAAAGGACGAAAACGACGAAGUGAAAAGAGAGAGGGAAAGAGAGGGAAAAAGAGAGUUUUUGAAAGAUUACACUGCAAGUGAAGAGCUUGACAAGUUAAGUAAAACAAAAAAGUGAGCCAAGAGAGAGAAAAAGAGUAAAAAGUCUAAAGAAUAAAUUAACGAUAUUAUUUCUAACCUUAAAACCUUAGUUACACUCAUUCUCAAUUCACAACAACAAAAAGGCUAACAAAAAUCAACAUCACAAUAACAACACGCAACAACAAAAAAACGGCUCUUGUGCCAAAAAUCAUCUUGAAAAGGAUUGACGGAAAAGCUCUCAUCCACCGCGUCGCACCUCAACGACCAGUAUACUGAAUAAAAUCUUGUUUAGUGGCCAGAAAUUAAAAAGGAUACAAAAAGUCUAAUUCACAUAGUUAAGGCGGAAAGAAGCAGAGAAUUCGUGUUUCGAGAAGGAAACGUAAUUUUUUUGGUUUUAUUUUAUAUUUUUGUUCGGUUUAUAUAAGUUUUUUUUUAUUUUUCGUCGAAAACGGGUUUUGAUUAAUUAAAAUUCGAUAAUACCGAGAAUCAAACGAAAAAGAUAUUUAUUUAUUUUUUGUUUAUUUUUUUAUUUUAAAUAAAUCAUAAACGAAAGCGCGAUUUAACAAAAACUAUCAAAAUUGAAGUCUUCGCAAGGAACAUUUGGAAGUCCGUCAAGGCUUGCGUUUGCGGCAUGCGCCAUCCCACCACUGGCCUGAGCGAAGACGACCUAAGUCGUCUUACCAACGGUUCAUCUAGUUCAUCCUCCUCGUCCUCAUCAUCAGCAUCGACCACUCCUUCACAUGAACAGCCAAGCAACAAUCAUGGCCAUCAUCAGACCAAAACAACCACAACAACUAAAUUUUGUUCCCCUGCCACAUCUAUCAAUGGUGGUUCAUCAACAUCGAUUACAAAAGCUGAAAUAAAUUUAUCUUCACCAUUGAAGCUUCUUAACUCCGAUGCAUCUUCACCAUCCGAAACACCAAAUGAACAUGUUAAUAACCUUAAAAAUAAUGCACCCUCUGUUGUCUUCAAUUCAUCAUACCUCCCGGAGUUUAUUGAUCCCUUAGAAUGGCAGAAGUCACGAAAGCGUAAGGAAAGGCUAGAUAGCACUUCAUCGAUAACGCAAGACCGUAAGUUGGUGCGUUCCAAUAGCGAAGAGAUAAUUGCCCCGCCAGAAGAGAGUAAUGGCGAUGAAAUAAAUAAUUUGAAGAAAGCCGAUGGCGUAGAAAUUGUAGUGCGUGAAGCCAUACGGCGGGUAUCGUCGGAGGACUUCAAGAGGUCCCCAAAUUAUGAGGACUAUCAGGAGAAUUCGGUGCAAAAUUUUGUCAGCGAUGAAAAUGACUCCUUGCUGGCCAAUAAGCCACACUCUGAGUUGUUUUUCUCUCCCGGUGCUAAGGAUAUAGCACGCAAGGCUCGUUUGGAAAGCAGUCCGUCACGGUCGAAUCGUGUCUCGCCAAAUCGUGAGACCCGCACCAAGACCAAUGGUGACGAAAGUGAUCUGGAACAUGAGCGAAGGCGUUCGAGCGAGCGUUUCUGCAAGUCUCGGGCACCUCCCGGCCGAAAGUCGGGUGUCAUGAAAAAAUCCGGAAAGUUUCUGCCGACAAAGAUGCGCGGUGACGAAAACACCUACAAGUACGACCUGUCCGCCAUGAAAUACGAGCGCAGAGGCUUCGUUAGCAAAAUCAAAGUCGAAGAACGCCUUCAGCGCAAGGAAGAGGCUGCCGACGGACAGCGCAAUGAUUACAACGACAAUAACUUAAUCGAUUUCCAUAUAAUUCGCAGCGAGUAUGGCAAUAACACAAAUGCAGCAACAUCUCCAUCUUUACCACAGCAGCAGCAGCAACAACCAGAAUCUAACAUUUCAACAACAACAACAACUAAAACAACAGCUGAAGCACUGCCAUGGGACUGUUCCAUACCUGAGGAUCAGACACCUGUACUGAGUCGUCGUUUUGCGGCUGUUCGUCAUCCCGAUUCAAUCGAUAUUGCUGCAAAGCUGUCCAAGAUCAUGCCUUACCCGCAACAAUUUCAUAAGUCACCAAAUUCAAUGAUGGCCGACGAUGAUGCCAUCGAACCAAUAAUGAACCCUUAUUGGGCUCUAAAUCACAUGGAAAACGCUAAGACUCGCGAAGUUAUGCAGCAGGUUAUUCCAUCGAUAAUGUCAUUUCAAACGCCCGAAGAGCGCUUGAAGCAAGUUAACAAGCGAUUAGUAUCGCUCAAAAAGAAAGCCGUUCAAUUGGAGGAACAAUUUGAGAAGAAAAAUGGCUAUAGGCCAUCGCAGGCAGAGAAACUAAAUGAUAAACAUAUAAAAAAUAUUCUAGCUGAAAUAAGUAAGCUGAAGAAGGAGAAACACGAGUUGAAGUCUGAUCCUAUGGCAGCGUUGGGCUUGAAAGUGAGCGGUGGCAUGGAUGCCGAGAAGAAGCUGGAGAAAAUUCAAUUGACGCUGAAUGAAAUUGAACAGAAUUUAGCUGACAAGCGAGAAGAUGGUAAUCGUUCAGAAACCUUGGAGGAACUAACACCCGAUCAACUAGUCCAAGAAAAGACUGCAGUCCAGCAUGGUCUGCUUUUUUACGAGUCAUUGUAUGGUCGUCCUUCGACAAAGGAAGAACGUGAUGCAGCCCGACCCCUCUACGACCGCUACCGCAUGUUAAAGAGAAUGGUAUCACGAAGUGUUACCCUCUCAGGAAACACCUCAGGAGCACCCGAACUUCCCACUAUCCAUGAACACGAAGCGAUGGUAUUCGAAGCAACUCCCUAUCAACACUCCUCCAAUAGCACCGAUAGCACCACAAGUCCAAGUGAAUCUUCUACCCUUAUUGUAUCCGAAAGCAACAGUUCAGCUUCAGCAUCAGCAGCAUCAACAGACUCAACUCCAGAUACCACAAAAACAGCUGAAGUAGAUGAAGACAGCCAAACCCAAAAACAACAACCUCAAAUUAAACGCCAUCAACAUGAAUCUCUGUUUGGUGAAAAUAUCCAUCAACUUUCAAUUGAUAAAUUAUGGGAACAUUUGGAUAAAGCCCGUGAGGAGAAAAAGCUUCUAAAGCGCACUUUAAGGGAAUACGAAACGGUGUUCGAGGAACAAAAUGGUCGUAAAAUGUUGAAGAACGACCGAAAGUCUAUCGAAGACACCUAUGCUCAGUACAAAGAGGCAAAAGCAAAAGCUCGUCUCUUACAAGCUCUAAUCAAGAAACAUAUCUCGCGUUGAGAUGGAGCUAAAACAAAAAAAGUUUUGAGUUUUAAAAUAUUAUUUAGAGACAAGUCAAUGGACUUGCUAGAGAUAUAGUUUAAAAAAUGGAUUUUAUAUUGUUUUAUAUUUUAUAUAUUUUUUUUUUAAACUAUCAUCAAUUUUAAUAUUGAGUUGAGUUAUACGCCAUUUUGAGUGGAAAAAUUGAAGCAUUUUAAAAACCCACAAUGCUAAAAUGAGCAUAAUUUGCGAAUGAACUUAGGGUUCAAGAAAACGAAGCCCUGAAAGUCUAAUUACAAUCAGUAUUUUGUUUUUAAGCUUUUUUUGUGUUGCUAUUUUAAAUUCUCAAAAGAAAAUUGGCAAACAAAAUAAAAAUGGUUUCUGGUUCAAAAAAUAUUGAGCCUUAAAGUUAAUUAUAUAUUUAUUUCUUUUUUGUCUCCAAACUGUUAAAAAUAAAAACAAAACAUUGUUAUGUUUGAAAAAAACUAAGAAAAACAAAAAUAACACACAAUAUUAAUUUAUAUUUCAUUUAAAUAUUCAUCUCUCAAAUUUGUAUCUUACACAUAAAAUAUUUACACAAAAAUAUAUAAAGAUAUAAAAUAUAUAUAUGUACACAAAAAAAUAUAUAUAUAUAUUGAUCUGUGAUAGUUACUAUUUUAUUUAUUAUUUCUUUGAUUUAUUUUUUAUUUUUUGUAUUUCUUUUUAUUUUAGUUGUGUUUCUCUGUUUUUAUUGGCAAUGUAAUAUUUAUAUAUACAAACAUAAAAAUUGUCCAAAAAUAAUAUUGUAUAUAUGUACUAUUUUUUUUAAAUUUUAAUUUUAGUUUUAUAUAACGAGUACCUUUAAUUUAAAAAACAAAAACAAAAUAAAUAAGAAAACAAAAAUUAUACAUAUUACAUAGAUGUCUAACAUGUAACAUAUAUUUUAUAAUAAAUAAAAGAUAUAUUUGUUGAUAUCGAAUGAAUAAAAUUUGACAAUGUUAUAAAUAAUAACAAUUAUUAUAAAGUUUUAAUUUAAUUUUUUAAAAAAGUUUUUCUUUUUUGUUUGAAUACAGAACGUGCUGUAAAUUUCAAUUAUGAGGUGGACCUUCAUUAAUUUUCUCAUACCUUUGUUUAUUUCGAAAAAGGGAUUGUAAUAAGUUGUAUAUAGACUUCUAGGUGGAUAAGUAUCUGCUAGAUUGUUUAUCUAAGGUUUAUCUAAGGUCUCUAUUUAAAUAGACCUAGUUAGUUCAGAUUGUAAAGUAGGUUUGGUAAACGAUUUUAGGUUUAGGCCGAAAUCAGUAAAACACUAAUACUUCUAGUGCACGAGUUGUACUUGGGUUAGGUUUAUAUUAUAGGAUAUUUGUUUAAAAAUGAAACUCUUAAUUUACUUCUUUAUUUUUGUUUAUUAUUUUGAAGCAAUAUAUAUAAUUCCAAUGUUGCAUAGGAGAAGGUUUUUGAAAUUUUAUUCAUUUUGAUGGAUCAUUGUCUUACAAGAAAGCAAAUUGUUCUCUUUGAUUGCCUUUGAAUCAUUUUUACUGGGGCUAAGAAUCUUGGCAUGUGCUACAUGGUCCUAUUUUUGAAUUAUUUCUUGAUAAGAGCAUUUUUCAAUUUGUAUUUUGCUGUUUUAUUAAUUGAACAACUGUCAGAAUAGAUUAUGUCUUCAAUUGAAUGCCUUGAAUCAUGUCUUUAAUUGAAUACCCUUAGACAUUUAUUAACAAACUAUACUAUAUGUUUGAAGUCCUUUGAAAUUUUUCUUAGAAGAGCUUUUUUUUGAUGAAGAAAUGUUGGCGUAGAAGGUGGUUUGGGUCUCAUUUACGAAGGAACUGGGUGGCUUAAAAGCGCUAAGUUAUUUGGGACGGAUUGGUAUAUAAGAGUGAAUUGUGGAGAAGGUCUACCGGAUUUUUUUAAAGGCAUUGUAAGAAAAACUUUCUUUAGUGUGCCAUAUAUCUAUGUAUGAACACAUAAAUACAGGUCAUAAAAGCCAAAUUUUAGUAAUAGUUCUUAAUCAUUAUUACGUUAAUUUUUUUUUUGAAAAUCACCCUACCUCAUGAGGUAUUGUCAUUUGUUCCCCAAUUUCAUAGCGUUCUACUAAUAUUAUCUCAAUUGUGGUUUUUGAGGUUCAUAAAAGCAAGAUUUUCAUACAAAAAUCUACACCAACAAUAUUUUUGUUUCAUGAAAAUAUGCUGGUUAAUUUAUUCAUAAUCGAAAUUUACAGCUAGUUCUCUAGACUGCAUUAUAAUUAUUUACUUAUUUAAUUUAAAAAAAAUGUUGACUAUCGCUAUAGAUUUUUUUUGUGUUGUUUUAUAUUUCAAAUAUCCACUCAAAGCUUAAAAUUAAUUGAAAUUGUGUUAAAAAUAGACAAACAAAAUGGCAAUAGAUUACAAAAAAAACCAUAAAUGAAAAUAAAAAUCAUUAUUAAAUGUAAAAACACUGCACACACAUAAAAAUACGUACACAAAUAUAAAAACUAAAACAAAAAACAGAUGAAUAUCAUAAAAUUAAAACAAAAUUUAAGAACAAAAAUUAAAAAAAUUAAAAAGAAACAAAAAUAUUGAUUCCUAUAAAUAUGUUUUUAUGUAUUUUUAUUUUUAUAUAUCCAUUUAAUGUGCAAAAUGUCUUCCUUAAACCGCAUUUUAAGGAUAAAUUUAUAUACUAGUCCGAAACUUUAAUUGAUUUUUGAAAAAAGCUGUUUUGUACGAAUAAUGAAUUUAAAACAAAAAAUAAAAGAACUUAAAAUUAUAAAAUCGGUUCCUUACACUUUUUAAAAAUGAAACAAAUAUUACACAUAAUCGUAGAUAUGUUUUCAAAAUCGUUUUUAUUUAAGUCCGUUUUUCAACACGCAAUAAUUUAAUGUUUAAGCAAAAAUUAACAUUCUAUGUGCUCCAUCGUCAUUGAUGUAAAAAUAUGAAUUUUUCAUUAAAAAAAUAUAAAUUAAAGACAAAACAAACAAAGCUAACAUUAAUUAUGUAAUAGAAACAAAUAUAUACAAAUAAAAUUAUGUCAUAAAUUUAGAACAAAUCAUACAAACAAAACUAAAAUAAUAAUUAAAACUGAUUUGGUGUUCUUUUUUUUUCAAAACAAAAA